AUGGACCCAUCUCAGAACGCCGGCAACAAGCCAAAGGGCUCUUCCAAGUGGGUUCCUCCUCGAAUCACUCGCUCAACUCCAGUCUAUACCGAAGAUGAAGACUUGGCCCCUGCUCCAGCAGCUCAGCCUUCUGGUCCAGUUCAGUCCCCGAGCCCAUCUCAGCAGGCCAGCGAUGACUACACCGGCUCUUCCAAUCAGGACCCAGCUACAGAACUUGCCGCAGCUCUUGCCGAAGCUUUUGGCCCAUCUUACCCUUCGGACCCAUUUCAGCAAGCCAGUAAUAACUAUACAGGCUCUUUCAAUCCAAUCCUAGGUAUAGACUAUACCGCAGCUGUUGCCGAAGCUUUUGGCCCAUCUUACCCUCAGAACCCAUUUCAGCAAGCCAGCAAUAACUACACCAGCUCUUUCAAUCCAAUCCUAGGUAUAGACUAUACCGCAGCUGUUGCCGAAGCUUUUGGCCCAUCUUACCCUCAGAACCCAUUUCAGCAAGCCAGCAAUAACCAAACAGGCUCUUCCAAUCAGGUCCCAGCUCCAGGAUAUACCCAAGCUCCGGCAGCUCAGCAUCCUAGCCCAUCUUACCCUAAGACCCCAAUUGAGCAAGCCCUGGCUGGCCAUACAGGCUCUUCCAAUCAGGUCCCAGCUCCUGGCUUUGCCGCAGCUCCUGGCCCAUGUUAUUCCCCGAAACCAUCUGAGCAAGCCGACGAAAGUAUCCGGGACCUCCAUGCAGGUGAUCCAAGAACGACAUAUUUCAUCAGAGGACUGCAAAGACAAAUCGCAGACAUUUCCAAGCAGCUCCGCCAACAUCUGGCACGCUGUCCACGUGGCAAUGUUGAUGAAUUGGCCCGUGAGCGCAAAGUAAUACUACAGCGCAUGCGCCGUGCACAUAUGAAAUUGGACAGACCUACUCCUGAGUCAGCGCUUCCAAGAGCUAAACGAGCGAAAUUAGUAUCAAGCAAUAUGGAUGAUAGCACACUCGUUACAACAUUUGAAAACAGGAUUAAGCUAGAGCAGACAAUUCGCAAGAUACAUGAAAUGGUUGGGGAUCUGAAAAGCACCCUGGACCAGAGUGUGAAUGAGCCUUGA